AUGACCAAAAGUAACGCCAAUAUAUUUCUAAAGAGACCAGAAACAGUUCUGAAAUAUUUGGGCCUAUGGCUCCUCCCGACGAAAUAUGUUGUUCUGCACACAAUCUACACAAUAUUUAUCAUGUUCACGCAGUAUUCUUUCAUAGUUCUAGAGGUUAUUUAUAUAGUAGUCGUUUGGGGGGACUUGGAGGAAGUAUCCGAGGCUUCCUAUUUGCUUUUCACCCAAGCUUCGGUCUGCUAUAAAACCACUGUCUUUAUUUUUACCCGAAGCAACUUAAAACGCUUGCUAGAUUUUAUGGAUACUGAAAUGUUUUCAUCGCAAUCUGCAGCUCAUGACAGAAUUUUGCAUACGGAGGCUGGAAAAAUAAAGAGAUUGACUGCGAUAUUCCUGACCAGCGCUACCACAACUUGUACUCUUUGGGCCAUCAUGCCGUUGUUCGACUCGGCAGAAAUAAGACAUUUUCCAUUCAAAAUUUGGAUGCCUGUCGACACGCAGAAGUCACCGCAUUACGAAGUGGGGUACUUUUACCAAGUGUCGUCAAUUUACAUAAGCGCUUUCCUGUUCUUCGCGGUGGACAGCACGACAUUGUCGAUGAUUAUAUUCGGACGGGCGCAGUUGAAAAUCGUCAUCGACAAAAUAAAGCAGUUACAAAGUGUACCGAUAGUCGAUAAAUCGCAAGAAAAACAACAAAAGUGGUUAAACAAUAAUAAAUUAUUUAACGAAUGCAUAAGCCAGCAUCAGCUCGUUAUAAGGUUUAUUCAAAUAUUGGAAGACACAUAUCACGCCAACAUAUUUUUCCAACUCAGCGGGUCUGCUAUGAUUAUCUGCAUCAUCGGUCUCCGCAUAACCAUUGCUGAGCCAAGCGGCGUCCAAUUCUACUCAAUGAUCACUUACAUGGGGACGAUGCUGUCGCAGCUGCUGCUCUACUGCUGGUGCGGCCACGAACUCACUUCUACGAGUGAAGAACUCCGCAUGUGGUUGUACCAAAGUCCUUGGCACGAGCAGGACGCCAAGUUUCGUCGUACUCUGAUCAUCGCAAUGGAGCGUAUGAAAAAGCCUAUCAUCUUCAAAGCCGGGCACUACAUACCGCUGUCACGACCUACCUUUGUUUCUAUACUUCGAUCAUCAUACUCUUAUUUUGCAGUAUUAAAUCAAGCUAAUAACAAAUAAAUAUGGCGAGGACAUUUAUGUUUGUCCAUUAGUAUAAUAACUAAUGUAUUAAAAUAAUAACUAAUAAUUUAAUAGGCCCCUUUAGAAGUUGUUACAAAAGACACAUUAGUUGUAUAUUGUAUGAACCGAUACUAGCUAAUUGUGUACUAAUCACAACAUUGUCUAAUCAUAGUUUAGGGCGAAGUAAAUUCCGUUAAUGGCGUAAUAUGGUAAUAACUCCUAAUGACAACCAAAUUGAUAAAGGUUUUGAAGGCAAUAUUAUAUUAUUAACUAAUUCAGCAAACAUUCACGUCAAAAAGUUAAU